AUGCUUAUCAGUAUUGCUAUCAUUGUACUGACUUGUUUUGCGCUAUCAUCAACCACCUUCGUUAACAUCCCCAAGACCAGAAACACCUUCUGCAAGGGCGGUAAGUGCAAGAAGCACACCCCCCACAAGGUCACCCAAUACAAGGCCGGCAAGGCUUCCCUCUUUGCCCAGGGUAAGAGACGUUACGACCGUAAGCAGUCUGGUUAUGGUGGUCAGACCAAGCCCGUUUUCCACAAGAAGGCUAAGACUACCAAGAAGAUCGUUCUCCGUCUUGAGUGCACUGCAUGCAAGUACAAGAUGCAGCUCUCCAUUAAGCGCUGCAAGCACUUCGAGUUGGGUGGUGACAAGAAGACCAAGGGUGCUGCUCUCGUCUUCUAAAGCAAAUCAAUUCUAUACAUAUAUAUAUGUUGCUUUUAAUAAAAACGAAA